GACUACGAUGAGUAUGUUCAAACCAGGCACACGUUACUGUGGACGGCCGUCGAGGAAGGACGAGAGAAUGAUGUUCGGUUGCUGUUACGCGAAGAUUGCAUUCAAAAAAAUGGAAAAGACCAUAACGACCACACACUCUUGUCGAUCGCCGUGGCCCUUGGCUUCACUAUCAUUGUCAACCUUCUCCUCGACAAGGAUGAUAUCGAAUUAAACCCUAGAGAUAUAAUUGACCGGACGCCGCUUUCUGCAGCCGCAGCUAAUGGGCACGAGGUUAUCGUUAGCCUGCUUCUCAAGAAAGAUGAUAUCGAAUUAAACCCCAGAGACAGUCACGGUAAAACGCCACUCUCCCUAGCAUUGGCCGAGGGGCAUGAAGCUGUCGCUGAAUUGCUCCUUAACCAGGACGACAUUGAUCUUGGCCCUGAUUAUGAUGAAGGACGAACACCGCUCUCCAGAGCCGCAGAGAACAACAGUAUUUCGGCAGUGAAUUUAUUGCUUGAGAAUAGCGGCGUUAAUGUGGAUUAUAAGGACCAGGAUGGCCGUACACCGUUGUCCAGAGCCGUUGAGAAUCAACACAAUAUUGUGGUUUCCUUUCUUGCAGCUCGAGACACUGUCACUCUGCAUUCGCUAGUUCAAAAAGGGAAUCUGCCGCUUAUC